GCGUGCGUGCGUGCGUGCGUGCGUCUGGCAUCAGCUGCUGUGGACGUCACACAUUCCUCCUCUAUCCUCACCUCCUCCCUCCUCCUCUCCGCUUCUCCGUUCCGCCGGAGCAUCUCUCCUGCUCCCUCUCCGCGCGCCGCCCACUCCCUCUCCGGCAUCGAUCCGCCGCAGCUGCUGCUUCCUCCGCUCCAUCCCAUCGUCCUGCUGCGCCUCCCUCGUUUUUUUUACGUUUUCUUUCUUUUUUUUUUUUAAGGACAGGAAUUGGGACGUUAGUGGGAGCGACCCCCCAAUCACCAUGGCGAACACCGAGGAUAAAGCGCCCAACAAGGAGAACGUGUCCAGCUGGAAGGACUCCAUCUACAACCCGCGGACCGGGGAGCUGAUGGGGCGCACGGCCAGCAGCUGGGCGCUCAUCCUGCUCUUCUACCUGGUGUUCUACUGUUUCUUGGCUGGCUUGUUCGCCCUGACCAUGUGGGUCCUGCUGUUCACGCUGGAUGAUUACGUGCCCAGAUACAGAGACCGCGUUCCCACCCCAGGACUGGUGAUUCGCCCAAACUCCCUGGACAUCUCAUUCAACAAAUCGGACCCGCAGAAGUACGCACAGUACGUCCAGCACCUGGAGAAGUUCCUUGAGAGGUACAACGACUCGGCGCAGAGUAAGAACGAGGAGUGCGUUUCCGGAUCGUUCUACCUGCAGGACGGUCCUAAAGAGAUGGCCAGGAAGGCGUGUCCCUUCAAGAGGGCGUCGCUGAGCUUCUGCUCCGGUCUGUCCGACACCAACUAUGGAUACCAUGAAGGAAAGCCCUGUGUGAUCCUGAAAAUGAACAGGAUCAUCGGCCUGAAGCCGGAGGGAGAGCCUAUCAUCAACUGCACAGUCAAAAAAGACAACCCAAUCCAGAUGUCCUACUCCCCCAACAACGGCAACAUCGAUAAGAUGUUCUUCCCGUACUAUGGCAAGAAGGCCCAUGAGAAUUACCUGCAGCCUCUGGUGGCUGUAAAGCUGCUGAUUACCAAGGAAGACUACAACAAGGAGCUGACCGUGGAGUGCCGGAUCGACGGCACCAACCUCCGCAACAACGAUGAGAGGGAUAAGUUCCUGGGUCGCGUGACCUUCAGGGUCAAAGUGGUGGAGUAGAGACGACCACAGACAAGGCUGCCCACGUCUACUGAAAGGAGUCGAGUUGGAGGAAAAAAGUGUCACAAAGAUGUGAUUUAGGAAUGUGGCCUCACGCUUUGAUACAGAUGUGAUACUUUGUGUCCCUUCUUUCCUCCAUGAUUUCUUGCUGUCCUCCUCAAAUGUCCCCAGAGCAGAGCCGUCCUUCCUGAGUUCAUCAUUAUUUAUCCAGUAUGCUUUGUUUUGUUUUUUAGCAUUGAUGUGAUUUGAUAAGUUCUAGCCACUGAUGCCGUUUGAAGCUGUCGUGUAAACUGCUAAACCCUUUUUUAGACCUUCUUUUGUGGUCCACCUGCCAUUAGGACGAGUGGCUUUCUGUUUCUUAGCCUCUCUGAGCUGCAGUCUUUUCACCGGGAGGAUUUGUAUCUCGCUGUAUAGUAGAACUGAGAAGGUAGAAAAUGUCCAACACAUCUGCAGAGUAUUCUCUCAUCAAAAAACUGAAUAGAAACAUACCUUGAUAAUCAGUAUAGCCACUGUAUCCCUGUAUAUGAAAUGCCAAUUACAGAGUCCCUUCAUCUAUGAAUACAUUGUGAUCUGUACCAUAUUUAGGGAAUUAUAGGUAGAUCUUCGUGUUGUGACUUGCAGAGCCACAACCUAGUCUUGUGCCGUCUGUCUGUCUGUCUGCAUGUCUGUCUGUCUGCCUGUCUUCCCGUUUACUCACCUCUCCGCCGCCGCCGCCAUGCCGAUGACCCUCCAGGAUGCUGGCUUUCAGCGGCGGAGGAGUCAGAACUGCUGGUGAAAUGGAGAGGCGCUGAAGAAGCGCUGCAAAAAUAACAAGCUCACUGUAACUAUGUACUGUAUAUCUUUAUGUGAUCUGUAUACCUAUCUGGGUCUCAAAGAUUGUUUGUUAGUUAACUCUUCUUCAGCCUGUUUAUCUGAUUGUCUGCCAAUCUAUUACUCUUCAUUGUAUAUAUAUAUAUGAAACACUAUCUACCACAUUUACUUAACUCACAGUGUAUUUUUGUCACAAACAUGCUGUCUGUGCACUGUAAAGAAAUAAUUUAAGCAAAGAUUUACAGGAAAUGAUCUUAUUCAGAACUCUGUUUACACUGUAUAAGAAGGAACCCACAUUUCAAAGAACAACGUGUAACAUCUCUUCAGGGUGCCUUAAGACCUGAUGAAACAACAUGUGGAAUAAAAGUGAUUUUGGAAAAACACA